AUGUCAAUAAGUUCAAUUGAAGAUUUAUCUAAUGAAUUGUUUUAUGAAAUAUUCGAAUAUCUUGAUGCUUGUAAAAUCUAUUAUGCUUUUUCAAAUCUUAAUUAUCGUUUUCAAAAAUUAAUUAAUUCUUCAUCACUUCUAUUAAAACUAAAACUUGAUGAUUCAAAAUCAGAAAAAAUAUUUAUGAAUAAUUACCAACAAAUUUUACAUCUCAACAAAGGUCAAAUAUUUUCAAUUCAUUUAUGGACAUCAGAAAAUACUAAUCAAAUUAUCUCAACAGUUACUAUUGAUUCAUCAUUUAAUUGUCUUGAAUCUCUUGUUUUUUAUGGAAUUAAAUCAGAUGUAUUAAUUUCACUUCUUCCAACAUUAACUUGUUUAUCUCGUCUUUUCUUAUUAACAAUCGAAAUAUGGUCUAAUAUAAAAGAUCUUGGUAAUAUCUAUCGAUUAAUUUUCAACUUACCAAAAUUAAAAUAUAUAAACUUUAGAGCAAUGGAAUCCAGUGAUGAUAUAACUAUUUCAUUACCAAUUGUUAUUAAUGAACAAAUAAGUUCUAUCGAACAUCUUAUUAUGGAACAUCCUUGUGCUUUCGAUGAACUUUCUGCUAUAACAUCUUAUACUCCUAAUCUUCAUCAUUUAAAAUUUUUAAGUCUUACAAAUCGAAAAGUAAAUAUUAAAAGUAUUAAACCAAUGAUAUUACCAAAUUUAAUACAUCUUUCUAUUCAUAUAUAUAGAAAAAUGUCAUUUAAUGUAUUUGAAAUAUUCAUUAGUAAAUUAAAUUCAAAAAUAAAAGUUUUAUCAUUGACAACAAUAUUUGAAGAUAUUGCUUAUCUUGAUGCUAAUCGAUGGGAAAAUUUUAUUUUAACAAAAUUACCUCAAUUAGAAAAAUUUUAUUUUAAAUAUAGUGCAUAUUUUGAAGAAAAUUAUCAAACUCCAAUGUAUUUUGGACAACGUGAUCAAUUUGUUUCAUCAUUUUGGCUUCAACGAGGAUGGAUAUUAGAAAUUGAAGUUGAAGAUGAAAAUAUCAUUUAUUCAAUCCGUCCAUAUCAAAAAAGAUGGUAUGAAUAUGAUACAGAACAUAACAUGAUUAAUUCUUCUGAUCAAUUAUCUAAAUCUAUUCGACUUAGUCUAGAUGAAGUAUGUCCUGAACGAUGGACGAAGACAAUGUUCAUACAUGAUUAUAUUAAUCAUGUUUUAACUCUAACACAAAUUUAUCAUUUAGAAAUUCAUAAAAAAAUCUUUACCGAUAAAUUAAUGGAAAUUUUACGUUUAUUACCUGGAGUUACUACAUUAAAAAUUUAUUCUUUAUCAGUUUUACAACAAGGAAAUUUAUCAGAUGAUGAAAUUGAAUUUCUUUAUAUUCUAUUACCUAAAAAUCAAAUUAAAAAAAUUUGUUUUGAUAAUAUGAAAGACAUGAAUGAAGUUUAUAUGUUAACUUUAAUUUGUUCUCGUAUUAAUCAUCUUCAAAUCAAAUGUAUUAAUUAUAUGUAUGCUCAAUUAUUAACAAAACUUAUUUUGACAGAAAUUAAGAAUGUAUCCAAUUCUUUACUUCGAUUAUUAUGUUUUUCUAUUCCAGAAGCACAUGAUGAAAUGAUUGAAAAAUUAGAGAAAAUGAUUGGUGAUAAAAACUUACGUUUUGAUUUUACGAUUAAACACGUUAUGGAUAAAAUUUAUCUACAAUGGAAAUAA